AUGGAUAUCGCCAUCAUUGGCGUGGGAUGUCGAUUUCCGGGGGCUUCCUGUCUGGGGGAAUUCUGGGAUGUCUUGGUCAAGGGAGAGAACCAUGUGAUAGAAAUACCGCCCGACAGAUGGAACAGGGACACUUUCUAUGACCCGGAUGUAAACGCCAAUGGCAAGUUCUACUCCAAAAAGGCGGGGUUCAUACAGAAUUAUGCUCACUUUGACAACAAACUGUUCGGUAUCAAUGAAAGCGAGGCUGCCCAGAUGGACCCCCAGCAGCGCCAAGUGUUGGAGUGCACGUUCAUGGCGCUUGAAGACGCUGGAGUCACCAGGCAACAGGUAGCGGGCCAGAAAGUCGGCGUCUACAUAGGUGCCAUGAACAGCGACUUCACUGUGCGGAUGACUGCCAACUCUCACGAGAUCGACCACUACUCUGUUGCUGGUCUCGCGGGAAGUGUGUUAGCCAAUCGCGUGUCCUACGUCUACAACUUGUCAGGCCCCUCCAUGGUACUGGACACUGCCUGUUCCUCUUCCCUCGUGGCCAUACAUCAGGCAGGCUUGGCCCUCCGAGCAGGCGACUGUGAGAUGGCGCUGUGUGGGGGAGUGAAUCUGCUGCUUCACCCCACAGUGUUUGUCCCCCUUAGCAAGGCCCAGAUGUUGUCACCCAGUGGCCAGUGCCACGCCUUCUCUUCUAACGCCGACGGAUACACCAGAGGAGAGGGGUGUGGCAUCGUCCUCCUCAAACCACUUGCACAGGCACUCCGUGACGGGGACAACAUUUGGGCGACGGUCUCUACUGGCGUGAACCAAGAUGGUCGAGCAGCCCAGCCCAUCACAGCGCCAUCUGGUGGCCAACAGCUGCAGCUGCUCCAAGACCUCUAUCGGGCGUAUUGUGUGGACCCUCACACUGUUGAAUACAUUGAAGCUCAUGGUACUGGCACGAAGCUGGGUGACCCUAUCGAGGUCAACACAUUUGGAGAAUUCUUUUCAUCUCCUGGGAACCAAAGGAAACGUUACAUGGGUUCUGUGAAGACCAACAUCGGCCAUCUGGAACCGGCAGCAGGGGUAGCAGGUCUCAUCAAGGUCCUGCUGAUGAUGAAAUACAACACCAUCGUGCCAUCUCUACACUUUGACAAGCCAAACGAACAUAUAGACUUUGACAAGUUUCAGUUCAUCAUCCCACAGCAUCCUCUACAAUGGACAUCAGUUUCGAAAGUAGCUUGUCUCAAUUCAUUCGGUUUUGGUGGAACUAACAGUCAUGCUAUUUUACACAAUUACAAUAAACCACCAUAUGCUAGCAGGUCCAACUUGCGUUCUUCGCAUAUCGUUUGUUUUUCAGGCAGCUCUUUAGAGACACUAAAGAAAAGUCUUGAGAAUUUCCUCUCUUGUGAUCAUCUCACACACGAUGACCUGCCAGCAAUGGCCUACACAUCGACAGUUAGAAGGGAACAUUUUACGUGCAGAAAGGCUUUUGUUGUGAAGAGUGUUAAUGAUCUGAAACAGCAAGCACAGAUAGUAAUGAAGAGCAGAAACAUUGUUGACAUUAACACAAGCCCUUUAAAGAUCAUCUUCGUCUUUUGUGGGAUGGGCACUGCUUGGUCAGGAAUGUGUGAUGGCUUCAUGAAAAUGAACAAAACUUUCAGCAAAACAAUCAACAUGAUUGAUGUGUCCUUGAAAAGGUUCGUGUCCUGGUCAUUGACCAAAAGGCUGAGAAGCGGUUAUGACGUAGAAGACCCUCUGUUUGGUCCAAUCGCCAUAUUUGCUUGUCAGGUUGCGCUGGCCAAACAGUGGGAAGCUUGGGGAGUGGUGCCAGCAGUUGUUGUGGGCCAGUCAGUGGGAGAGGUGGCUGCAGCACACAUGGCUGGAAUCCUGUCCCUGGGUGAAGCUGUGAGGGUCAUCUACCACAGGACUCGAAUCCUGGCUGAAGCCACAGGUGGUAAGAUGCUUCUUGUCAGAAACCUUAAAACGGACAAUGUACAGGAAAUUUGUGAUGACGUUGCAGGCGUGAACAUUGCACUUUCUUACAGUCCUGUGUCGUGUGCAGUUAGUGGUGACUCUGCCGCCGUGGAUGAUUUGAGGUCACGUCUUCAACUUUCUCACAGCAAUCUUACACUGACUGAUCUUCAUGUUGGUGCUGCGUACCACAGCCACCACAUGGAUCAGAGCAAGAUGCAGUUGGACAGCGUACUAGCCAAUCUGAAGUCGUUACCGGCAAGAAUACCUAUGAUAUCAACAGCUGAUGUUCACCUCACAGAGAAGGACGUUAAUUCAUCAGAAUACUGGGGUAAGAAUGUUCGAAACCCUGUUCAGUUCGCAUCAGCAAUAGCAAGAUCUACCUCUGACAAUCAUCUCAAUGUAUUUAUAGAGAUUGGCCCUCAGCCAGUAUUGAAAGCUCACAUGGGUGAUAUUUUUACAAAAGGAUCGCCAUCAUGUCUAUGCCUUCCUUCCUUGACAGUUAAGUUUAGUGAGAACACAAUGCUCGUGACCCUCUCUGAGCUGUACCAGCUGAAGGUGAACAUAAACUGGCAGGAAAUAUUCACGCACACAGAACCUCCAACACCAAUGCCGUGUUAUGCUUUCUCGCACAAGCACCUAAUGAUCCUGCCUGUAAUUACAGAAGAAGAAGUGUUUGGAUCCAAUGGAAACUCUGGCAAUCAUCUCUUUGUAAGACUGUCAUCUUCCACAGACAAAUGCAUGCUGAACAUCCGCCCAUCUACGUUUGGAACUGUCUAUGAACACAAGAUCAAGGACAUUAUUGUUGUCCCAGGUGCAACCUACGUCGAGGCAGGGUUUGGAAUCGCAAGGUCAAUGAAUACUGCCAAUGUUAGAAAUCUGAUCAUAUCAGUCAGCUUUCUGAAUCCAGUUAUUUUAAAAAAAGAAAUGUCUGUUCAACUAGAUGUUGAGGUUGAGGAUCACAUUGCGAACGACUGUACGAAAACUUUCACCAUCCGAAGUACAGGUGUUGCCAUUGCGAAGGGGAGAAUACUGGUGUGUGACAGUGCACCUGAUGAGGAGCGGAUGGACAUGGAGGCCAUACAGGAGAGGUGUACCGAAACAGUCACCGGUGACGAGGUGUAUCAAGCUCUGAAGUAUUCAGGAUUUACAUACGGUCCUAACUUUGCAACUAUGAACUAUGCACUGAGGGGGAAAUCUGAAAGUCUUACAAAGUUAACAGUUGGACAAAAGCUGAAAGAGGAGAUGACCAACACUGUAAUUCAUCCGGCAAUACUCGAUGGAAUGCUGCAGUCAGCUGCUGCGUUCAACAUGCAAGAAAAAGAAUUUCUUCCAGUCGAGCUUAAGAAUGUAACUGUCAGACAUUCAGUGAAGACUGAAAUGUUUGUUUAUGCAAGAAUGACAGACUCCACCAGAUCACACACAUCAUUUACCUUGACACUUCUUUCGCCUGAUGGAUCUGUCAUAGCACAUGUUGAAAGAUUCUCAACAAAAUUUAUAGGAUCAGACACUUUUGAUAUUCACAAUGCAACAUUCAAAACAAGCUUGGUUCCCUUGGGUUCCUUUCACGUUUCUCAGAACAAUGUUGACACUGGAUUAGUCAUCUUCACCAACGUAGAUCUAACCAAUGUGGAUCUAGCCUGUGUCAUACAUGAAUUGGAUCACAUGGGAGUUGAAGGCACAAAACGUGCGCUUGACUCUGUCAUACAUAACAUCAAGCAAAUCUGCUUUGUCUUUGCAGUAACUGACCUCAAAACAGACACUGGAGAAUCGCUGCAAAAAGAACUCACAAGGAGGAUCAUGUCCUUGCGACUGAUUGCCCUUUACGCUGCCAGCAGAGGAGUGUCUGUUCCACUGGUGAUUAUUUCAGAGAUACGAGACGCAGGAGAUAAUGCUGCCAGUGGCUGUCUUAGUGAAGCUGUCAAAGGUUUCAUGAGGUGUGUCUUGAGGGAGUAUAGAGCUCUCCACAUUCAGCUUGUGGAUGUUCUAGUCGACAAUGACGAGAAGUUCUUAGCAAGCCUUCCAGGGAUAUUAUCACAAAGCACAUCCGAGGACUUCAUAAGUGAAACUGUCUUCAAAAUAUGCGACAGCUUCAAUGACUUGCGGGUUUCAAAACUACAGGGAACAGUCAUCCCACUAAACAUCUCAGAAGUUCUUAAUAGCACCGAGUUGUCCUUGUCUUCAGAUAGCAACUUUGACAUGGAAAUCAUGAUGACACCAAGUACCCACCUGUUCCAGGACACAGGUUCUUAUGUGGUUGUGGGGGGACUGACAGGACUAGGAUGGGAAUGUGUGACAUCCCUUGCAGCAGGAGGCGCUGGAAGCGUGAUCAUUCUGAGUAGACGUAAACCUAACCCUGAAACACAAGUGGAUAUGGACCAUCUAUCUCAGCAACAUAACUGUCACAUAACAUCUAUUCAAACUGAUGUCACAGUCUACAAGGAUAUAGAAACAGCUAUAUUAAAGAUAAGGAAACACCUGAAACCUCUCAAGGGCGUAUUCUACGGGGCAGCUGUUUUACAGGACGCUUCCCUCGCUGAAAUGACAGAGGAAAAACUUGUCACAGCCAUGGCUCCAAAGGUAACUGGUGCUUGGAAUCUUCAUAUCCUGACCGCAGAUCUUCCUCUUGACUUCUUUGUCCUGCAUUCUUCUGGGGCAGCUGUUCUGGGGAAUGCUGGUCAAUCAAACUACGGAGCUGGUAAUGGAUUCUUGGAUGGAUUGGCAGUGUACAGAAGACAGCGUGGAAUGAGUGGCCAGAGUAUCAAUUGGGGACCUCUCGAUCUUGGGAUGCUGGAGAAAAGGGGAUCUGUAUUGAAGAAGUUGGAGAGUCAAGGGUACAUGGUCAUUAAUAAGAAGGAUAUCAGUCAGUGUCUUACACACAUGCUGAUGCUGAACGAGCCCCAAGCCUUGGUGUGCAGAAUAGACAGACAGAAAAUGGCAGAACAAUUACAAAGGGAUAAAGAAACAACCUUGAUGAUGCGAUUAAAGACAUAUUUGGAACCUGCCAUGAAGAUCCUAAAUGAACAGGCAACAUCAGAAGAGGGCAAACGAUCUUGCGAUGUUGACAAACUACGUACCUGCUCAGCGGAAGAAGGGCUGCAGAUGCUCCGGGAAUAUGUAAAACAUCUUGUGUGUGAUAAGGCUUUGUUGGAUAUAAACAGUUUUCAGAUGGACGCCAAUAUGAAGGAUCAAGGUGUGGACUCGAUGUAUGCCAUGGAAAUUACAGGUGGAAUCUUGUCAGACAUUGGAGUAAAGCUGUCCACUCACGAAAUACAGCUUCAAUCAACAUGCAACAUUGCCAAGAGAAUACUGGACAUCCUGUCAGGUACAGAGAAGGAACAGGCACAGGCCAGUGACAUGGAGACUGUGAUCAGUAAGCAGGCAAUAAGCAUGUCAAUCGCGAGGUCAGUCUGUGGAUUUAGGGCAGACUGUGAACACAACAUGGGUUUUGUAAUUGUCAGCACUAUUUCAGUACCGGAUGUGGUAAACGUAUCGACAUUGAUUGCUGUGGCGAAAGAGUGUGUGUCACGUCAUCCAAUCACUAGAACAACUUACAUCUUCAGCCAUGAAAAUGUCUCCACAAACACGUUGACUUUGGAGAAUGCCUUCGACUUUCGUAUAUUAUCUGGAGAUGACAUGUCUGAGGUCAAGAAACAUACAGAAGAGCCAAUACAUCUUCAACACCAGAGUCCAUUACGAUUCAUAUUCCUUGGAAGAUCUUUACAGCUCAGAAUGGUUUUCCACAGACUUGCAUUUGAUUUAAAAGCAAUUACAAUCUUGGUAAAAGAACUUGAAAACAUGGCCAAUGCAGUACAACAGGGUAAGCCCCUGGUAGAUGUUGUAACUGACACAGACAAGGAUAUAGCAAAGGAAAUACAGAAAAUUCUUGCUCCAAACUUCAAGAGAGUAAGCCAGUUUUGGAAAACGAAGACAAAGUACAUAUCAUACAACAGCCUUUCGGAAGGUCCCACAAAACACAAUGUACAAAAUGACCACAUCUUCAUCACAAGAACAGUCAACAAUGACCUGUACACUAAAAUAUUGAAGUAUGCGAGAGAUAUGGGUCUCACACCCUUUGACUAUCUUGCCAGUAUCUACCAGCUCUUUCUUGCCUUUGUCAGCAGCAAAACAACAUCAACCAUCACAACCUCGGUUGACCUUCGGGGCCUGGUUCCUGCUCUGACCAGAUCGUUGGGGAGAUGCACGAACUUCAUCCCUCUAAUCUGUCAAGUGCCAGAGGAAACUACCACUGUGCAGGAGUUCCUACAGAGCAACAGCAAGGCUAUACAACACUUCACAAAGUAUGCAAUAUAUCCAUCGGAAGAAAUCAAGAAGCUUGUUCCGGAGGUCAAAAAUCUUGGUACGAACUACUUCAUAUAUGAGACUGAUAUCAUCACCAGUGCAUCCAACCAGCUGACAGUAGACAUGCCGGUUAUCUUUGAUUCUUCCACUGAAACAUUCAUGUACAUCUGGCAGAGGAAGGAGACGAGGCUCAUGGAGAUCAAGUUUCACCUGAGGAGGGACCUGUUCACAACCUCCAGAGCAGGUGGCCUUGUGGAGGCAUUCCUGGGUCUUGUGGCUGAUUCUUUGAACAACCCCGUAUCAACUGUGCACUUCAGCUACCACUGCAACUCCAGCUGUCCUUUUGAGGAAGCUGAUAGAUAA